GUCUCACGCCUGCAGACAGAAGGCAGACAAAAGUCAUGUCUUUGAUCAGAGAGACCAGAGGUUUGAAAGAGCUCUUAGGUAAAUUUAAACAUUUAAUUAGGUCAGAAUAAACUGCAGAAAAGUAAGAUAACCAACAUAACGAGGUAUUCCUCAGCUUUAGAAAACAAAAAAGCAAAAGAUGGGAAACAGGACUGUUGGAAAAUGCUGUGCUACAUAUCCCUUUCUUUUCUUCGGACUUCUGUAUUUGUAUUUGUAUAAGGAAGUCAUUGGACAAAGCUUGCAGGAGCAGAAAAGCAUGUGCAAUGCUGAGGGAUGCUAUUCUAUUCAUCUCCAGCACAAGAACUUCCUGGAGUCCUGGAGGAGCUGCAAGGAUAAAGGAGGGAACCUGGCUACCAUUAAAGGACCAGAAGAAGCUUCCAUGAUCCAUGACUUCUUAUUGUCAAUGAUCAGAAGUCGCUCCCGGCCCAAAAUCAGGUUGUGGAUUGGCCUUCAGCGACAGCCUAGGAAGUGCUCAGUCAAGAGCCCUUUGAGGGGCUUCACCUGGAUCACUGGGGAUCAAGAAACACAGUAUACGAACUGGCAACAUGAUGACUUAGCCAGUGAAUGUGCUGCUCAUCGUUGUGUGUUCAUUACCUACAACACGCCUAAAAAAAGGGGCAACAAUAACAACUUCAAAUGGGUCCAUCGAUCUUGCGUAGUGGCCGUGGAAGGUUUCCUGUGCCGCUACACCUACCAUGGGAUGUGCCCAGCUCUUCAGAAAGAAGGAGGGGGUCCUGCAGUCUACACCACCCCAUUUGAGCUGACAAGUACUGUUCUUACUCACAUCCCUAUUGGUUCUGUGGCAACUCUUCCUUGUCCCGAUGGUGACAAGGAAGACCAGUCAGUGAUGUGUAUGAUGAGAGAGGAUGGAAGUGUUGGAUGGUCAAAGGAUGCACCGCUCUGCACUGACACUCCAAUGGACUGGUGCAAACAGGACAAUGGUGGCUGUGAGCACUUCUGUGUGAACUCAGAUACCCAUUACUACUGUAAGUGCUAUGAGAAUUAUGUUCUGGAAGAAGAUGGAAAGACCUGCAAGCUCUUGGAUCCCUGCUACAGCGCCAACUGCGAGUUUGAGUGCGAGUCUACUCCUCAGGGACAUCGCUGCAAGUGCCCAGAGGGGUACCUCCUGUCUGGUGAUAAUCAGAGUUGUCUUGAUAUAGAUGAGUGCUUGCUAAAACCCUGCCCGCAGCAAUGCGUCAAUGCACCAGGUUCAUUCGAGUGUAGAUGCAAUGAGGGCUUCCUUCCGUCUGAGUUCGGAGAAUGUGUGGAUGUGGAUGAGUGCUUGCAAAAACCAUGCCAGCAGCAAUGCGUCAAUGUACCUGGUACAUUCGAGUGUAGAUGCAACAAGGGCUUCCUUCUGUCUAAGUUCGGAGAAUGUGUGGAUGUGGAUGAGUGCUUGCAAAAACCAUGCCAGCAGCAAUGCGUCAAUGCACCAGGUUCAUUCGAGUGUAGAUGCAAUGAGGGCUUCCUUCUGUCUAAGUUCGGAGAAUGUGUGGAUGUGGAUGAGUGCUUGCAAAAACCAUGCCAGCAGCAAUGCGUCAAUGCACCUGGUACAUUCGAGUGUAGAUGCAACAAGGGCUUCCUUCUGUCUAAGUUCGGAGAAUGUGUGGAUGUGGAUGAGUGCUUGCAAAAACCAUGCCAGCAGCAAUGCGUCAAUGCACCUGGUACAUUCGAGUGUAGAUGCAAUGAGGGCUUCCUUCUGUCGGAGUUCGGAGAAUGUGUGGAUGUGGAUGAGUGCUUGCAAAAACCAUGCCAGCAGCAAUGCGUCAAUGUACCUGGUACAUUCGAGUGUAGAUGCAACAAGGGCUUCCUUCUGUCUGAGUUCGGAGAAUGUGUGGAUGUGGAUGAGUGCUUGCAAAAACCAUGCCAGCAGCAAUGCGUCAAUGCACCUGGUACAUUCGAGUGUAGAUGCAAUGAGGGCUUCCUUCUGUCGGAGUUCGGAGAAUGUGUGGAUGUGGAUGAGUGCUUGCAAAAACCAUGCCAGCAGCAAUGCGUCAAUGCACCUGGUACAUUCGAGUGUAGAUGCAACAAGGGCUUCCUUAUGUCUGAGUUCGGAGAAUGUGUGGAUGUGGAUGAGUGCUUGCAAAAACCAUGCCAGCAGCAAUGCGUCAAUGCACCUGGUACAUUCGAGUGUAGAUGCAACAAGGGCUUCCUUCUGUCUGAGUUCGGAGAAUGUGUGGAUGUGGAUGAGUGCUUGCAAAAACCAUGCCAGCAGCAAUGCGUCAAUGCACCUGGUACAUUCGAGUGUAGAUGCAAUGAAGGCUUCCUUCUGUCGGAGUUCGGAGAAUGUGUGGAUGUGGAUGAAUGCAUGGAAGAAAAAUGCGUUCAUAUUUGUGAGAACUUGCCUGGUUCCUACACGUGCCAUUGUCCUGACGGAUUCUCUCCACUCAAAGAAGAUCCAGAGAAAUGUGAAGAUGUCGAUGAGUGUAAAACAGAAAUUUGCGAGCAGGUGUGCAGAAAUUACAAUGGUGGAUUUGAGUGUCUUUGUAAGGAGGGUUAUAUGUUGCAAGAGGACAAAUACUUAUGUCGGCCAGUCAAUGAGAAUAAAUCACUAACAGAUACCCCAAGAGUUGAAUGGUAUCCAACUUACCUGAACUGGUCGACAGAGAAGACAGAGGAAAGAGAUGUGACCACCCAAACUUCAAACUCACCUUCAUCAAACGUUUUGAUGUAUACUACAACUUCAGCUUAUUCACAUCAAGAGGAUGCACCUAAGAAGGAAAUAUCAAGAGCAACUGGUGAUAAAGUGGAAGUAAGGUCUUCAGGAAACAAAAGACUCUCAGAUGCUUCCGAUUCUUUCCUGCCCACUCCACCAAAAUCACAAAUACCAGAAGAUACAAAACAGCCUUCAGAUGACAAAAGAUGGCUAAUUCUGGCACUGCUGACAAUGGAGAGAACAUCAACAAUUAUUGUCCAGUGGAAGUAG